AUGGCGUCCUCGCUUAGGAACACCUGCCGCAAAAUCAUCUGCAUUGGUCGAAACUAUGCAGACCACAUUACAGAACUGAAAAGCGCAACGCCCAAACAACCUUUCUUCUUCCUCAAGCCUACUUCCUCGCUUCUCCUGCCCGGCCAAGGCCCCGUUCUUCUUCCCAAGGGCGUCAAUGUGCACUAUGAAGUCGAGCUGGGUCUCGUCAUUGGAAAGACUCUGCGCGAUCUAGACCCGGAGGACCACAAGACUGCUCUCGACUCUGUGUCUAACUACCUCCUAGCAAUAGACAUGACAGCGCGUAACGUGCAAGACGAGGCCAAGAAGAAAGGACUCCCCUGGUCAAUCGCCAAGGGCUUCGACACAUUCUGUCCCAUAUCCGAACUGAUCCCGAAAUCCGCGAUUCCGGACCCGCACAACGCGUUUUUGCGACUUUCCGUGGGCGAUGAAGUGAAACAGGCGGAUUCUACUAAUUUGAUGCUUUACAGGAUUCCGCGCCAGUUGGCGGAUAUUUCGCGGGUGAUGACGCUCGAACCGGGUGAUUUGGUGUUGACUGGCACGCCCAAGGGUGUCGGACGGGUUAAGAAUGGGGAUGUUAUGAGGGCUGAGAUUGAGGUUGAUGGGAAGAGGGUGGAGAGUAUCGAGGUUGCGGUUAGGGAUAGGUUAGAGGGGAGGUAUGAGUUUAAGGAGACUUGA